CGCAUGUCAAGAAAAUUGUGAGGAAAUUUAAAAUUGGAAAUUUGAAUAUAUAUAAAAACUGUUUUGAUUACGUACAAGUCUUCUUUUCUACCAGUUUUACUGUUGGAGUUUUAUUUUUCAAUUUAUUUUUGCAAUCAAUUUAUAUUCUUUCGAAUGUUUAAAAUAUAAAAAUACUGAUGCCAUGGUGUAAUUCCAGUUUAAACGAUCGUCUCCGUUACAUGGCAAACGGCUUUCGAAUCGAACAUUGAAAACAUUGUCAUUUUUUUCCUGUCUCAUCGAUUUUUCGAUUCGGUACGCUUUGGUUUUCUCUAUUAAAAAAAUAAAUAUAUUUUCCAGAUGAAGCUCACAUUAUUUUGUUUUUUGCCGAUCGUCCGACAAGUUUAUUAGUGGAUUAUAAUAAACGAGUGUUGAUUUAUUAAAAUCUCCCAUUUUACACUGCUUUUCCUGACAUAUCCAAGUCUGGAGUACGAAUGAAUGGGAUAUGGGAAACUGUUGUGACCCUUGUUUACAAAUGAGAGCAGUGCCCAUUAGAAGAAAAAUCGUCCUGUUGCUAGUUGGUCUCGAUAAUUCUGGUAAAACUACAGUGGCCAAAGGGUUGACUGGAGAUUUUGUCAACUCAACUGUACCCACUGUUGGGUUCUCAGUGGUGAAAUUGGCUACUAGAGGAUACGAUGUUUUUAUUUAUGAUUUAGGAGGAGGACCUCAAAUAAGAGCAAUUUGGACCAGCUACUUCCAUGAUGUUCAUGGAGUUAUUUUUGUUGUUGAUGCUAGUGAUCCGUCCAGACUAGAAGAAUCACGGAACAGCUUACAGUCUUUGUUGUGCAAUGAGAAAUUAUCAGGAAAGCCUGUUCUAGUACUUGCUAACAAACAAGACAAACCAGAUGCUUUAGACGAAAUUGAUAUCGUUGAACUUUUAAGAUUAGAAUCGUUAGUCAAUAAACAGAAAUGCCCGACUUUAGUAGAAAUUUGCACUGCUCUUCCUGUCUGCCAGACUUCAAAAACACCACAGUUAGACCGACGCCUUCUACGAGGCUACAGAUGGUUAGUCAAGCAAAUCAUACACAAUUACACGAUAAUAAAUACUAGGGUAGAAGCAGAUGUCAAGAUUGAAUUGCAAAGAAUGUCAGUUAUUAGAGAAAAACUAAGACAAAAACAAAUUAGUGAAGAUAAAGUGGAACAAGAAAUUAAUGACGAAACCAAGCUACAAGAGGCACCACCACUGAUAGCAAAUGAAGGAACAUCAGGAAUGGGACAAGGCGAACCUCCUGCUAUAUCUAUGUCCGAGAGUGGUGAAUUGUUGUUAGAAAUCAGCAAUAGAAAAACUGGUUUGCGAAGUAACUCAAUUUUAGAGAAGAAAUGCGAACUUCAACAGAAACUCGCCGCAAGGUCGAAUAAAAAUUGGAAAAACAAUAAAAUCCACCCAGGUUGAAAUGAAAAUAGUGGCAAGAUAGACCGUUAUACAUGGCCUUGGGCUUGUUGUCUAAUGAUGCGGACGCUAUGAACUUGUCCUGCAGAAUUGGAAAUGUCAUAAAUGAUGAAACGAAGAUAUUACAACUCUUAUGUACACAAAUGAAGGUAACCUUUUAAAAUAAUACUAAUGUUUGAAAGAAAAAAGUAUGAAUGCUAUCUGAUUCAUCAAGCUAACUCACAAAAUAAUUCAAUAAAUAAAAAAUAGGCAGUAUAUAAAAAUACAUAAAUGACCCAGCAUUAACUCUAAAUGUGCUUUAGCAUAAAUAAUACAACUACACAGUAAAUGCAACAAAUAUUCAACAUCCACCUACACACCCUCAGUAUAACUUCACUUUGGCUAUAUUUGAAUUUGAAUUUAAAUUUACUUUUUUGUUGUGCACAAAAUAAUGCAAACUUAAAAAGAAAAAAACCAUGGUCAACCUUUUAACAGAUACAAUAUAAUUUAGAAUAAUGAAUUAAAAGAAAAUUUUUGUGCUACAAUAAAUUAUUAUACAUAUAUACAUUUAUCAUAGUGCAAUGUCAUUUUCAAAGAAUUGUUUUAGAAAAUAAAAAGGAUUUAUAGCAAGGCAUUUAUAAUUUUUUUUUUUAAUGCAUCAGGUACUUAUUUUGCAUGAACAAUUUGCUAUAGAUCUUAUCCCCAUAACCUCAAAUAUUGUCUAUUUUUUUACUGCAAGGUUGCUAAAGUUUUUUCUGUGUAAGAUAUUAUGUGUAAGGUUUAUGGGCCGACCCUCAGAGUUUUUACUUCUUUUUCUAGUUAUUGGCCCCAAGCUAUUAUAUGCCUUCUUUGUACCUCAGAUUGUCAACUAUCAAAUAGACAGAAUUUUGAAAGUAUCUCUACAUGAUAAUUUAAGUUUUGUAAAAAUCCUUUGACAGGAGUCCACUUGUCCUUCACUCAUCUUAAAAAGUUUCUGAAUUAUAAGGAUUUCAUUUGUUAUCACACCAUUUCCUCAGGAGUUAAGGCGUAGGAUAUUAUUUCUGGAAAUUGAGAGGUAGUAAAUACUUUUUUUUUUGCAUCCAUUGACACAAUAAUGAUGUGAGAGAUUGUGUCAAGAUUUUUUUUCUUUUGUAUGGUGUAUAAUAACAAAUGGGAUAAUUCCAUUCUAUGAUAUCAAUUUGUAUGGAGGAAACCAAAUCAUUGAUAUAAAUGAAGAAAAAGACAAGUCCAAGAGGAGAACCCUGUGUUACCCCAUGUUUAACUUUGGGGAGUACAAAAAACUUGGACAGAAUUUAUUUUCAAUUUUCAUACCGUAUGCUUUUUGUUUAUUUAAUAGAACUCCAUGAUUUACUAUGCCAAAAUUUGUAAUAAUUUUCACUAGUUCUUUUCCUUCUAAGGAAUGUGGAUAGAUUUUACUAAACUAGUACCAACUUCCUUUUUGAAACAACUGAUUUUGAUCAAGAAAAUUGCGACUUUCCGAAAAUGCUGUGAGACUAAUCUUGAAUGCAAAUUGCAAGAUCUUAAAAAAUUUGGGUUAUAAUUGUGGGGUGACCUGCUCUUCAUGCCAAAGUUUAACUUGAACAAUCUUGAUCAUCUUGUCAUUAUAGUAUAUAAAUUAAAAGAAUUUCUGUUAGAAAUGUAGUUUGAAACUGGCAAUUCUAUGAUGGCCAGUGACCCUAGAUGUGUCUUUGUACAUAUAUAAAAUAAAAUUUAAAUAUAUGUAUAAGUAAAUCAAAGAUUGUACAUCAGGAAGAUCAUGAUCAUAAAUUUAAAGAAAUUUGCAAACCACCUGUUGAUCACUUCAUUAGACAGGUAGAUUUUUAAGAAUACAGAUGAUUUUCUUGUUUUGUUUUUUUCCAGUGCAUACAAUAACUUACAGUAGUUAUAGUUCGCAG